GAAAUUAUCAAACAGCUGUUUAUAUUAAUGUGAUUCUCACGAUAUGGUAAUAUUGUUGUUCAAAUAAUUAGAAAUCGUAUGCGCGGGUUUAUAUCGAAUUUAAUUAAAUCACUGUUUUUUUAAAGAAAAACACAUAAUUGAAGUGUAAAAAAUGAAUCCGCCGGCUAAGCGACCUUCAGGACGCUUUAUACGUGGUCGCGGACGAGGUGGCGGUGCUUAUCGUCCGUAUUUUUAUUUUCGUCGCAAUGGACGUACAAUACCAGCUGGUGGACACGGAAAUGCCAAUGCACCGGCUCGUGCAAAUUACUCAGGCUGCCGCGGUCAAAGACGUGGGGCAAUCCAAAAUAAUUAUUACAGCCACCCACCGAAUGUAGUGUUAGAUUCGUCUUUUCUGCGGCCAGAAUGCUAUGCUGCACCUGAUGAUAUCCAACACACAGUUCAAAGUUUUCGUGCAGAUAUGCCCCCACAUUGCCCCGGCUGGCAUUUAUAUUUUCCGCAAGAACCCUAUAAUGAAACAUCAGAGCUAGCAAAUCGUAUUAAAGCAAUUGAAGAGUAUUUUAUAAAAUAUCAAGAGACUUAUGUAUUUAAAAAAAUACAACACGAAAAGUACUUUAAUUUGGAGGCAAUACAUGUUUUUGGUUACAAGGCGAUUACAACUGUUUGGCCUAAAUUGAAAGAAGAUAUGCUGGAGCGUACGUCACGUACUUUAGCAACAUUUGGCGUCGCCAUGCACAAAGUAAUAACAAUGUCUGCCGUAAAUAGUGCAACCAGUCAGCUGGCUAGUAGUAUUAACGCUUAUGUGCCUCGUUGUACUUUACCACGAAAAAUAUACGUACGACCGAACGGUUUUGCAGAAAUAAAUUUAAUUUCAAAAUUGGAUAGAACGUUGAUAGGGAACUUAUGCAGUGUACGCGGCGCUGUGUCUGCCAUAGGCGUAGUAGAAGCGGCGGCCACAUGGAUAGCAUAUAAAUGUCCGCGCUGUGGACAGGAGCAAGCAAUGAGACAAACCGGAUUUUACAUAUCACGACCGCAUAGCUGCAAAAGAGAAGGCUGUCUCGCGAAGAAGAAUUUUAUAGAACAGCGUUCCUCACCUUACACACGGAUCACACCACAGCAAAUUUUACAACUUCAGGAGACCAAUCUACAAGCGUCUAUUGACAGAGAAUACGAUUCAUCAAACAUGAUUGAUGUCGAGUUAAAAUACGAUUUGGUUGAUACGCUCGUAGCGGGUGAGGAGGUCAUUAUUUGUGGCAUAAUUAAAAUACGUACAUUGGACGACGAGCAGAAUGCAAAUCCAUGUUCCUCUGUAACCACAAGUAAAAUCUACAUGAAAGCUGUUUCCAUUAAGAAAGCAAAACAUUUGGGGCACACAUUCACUCAGCGAGAUAUGGAUGCAAUUGCCAUGAUAAACUCUGAACCAGAUAGUUUUAAGCUUCUAUCACAUUCAGUUGCGCCUGAGUUACAUGGACAAGAGAUAGUAAAAGCAGGUAUUUUGUUAUCACUUUUUGGUGGCGCUGGUUCACAAAUACACGAUGAGUCUGAGAUUAACGUCUUAUUAGUGGGUGAUCCUGGUAUUGGCAAAUCUCAUUUGCUAGAGAUGUCUGCAAAAAUUUCAGAAAAAGGCACUUUUCUCAGUGGCAAACAUUGGUCGCCCGCCACACAGUCUUUAACUACCGCACUUCAAGGUCGUACAAAUCACAUUCUGAGUUCGGGUGCACUCACUAUUUCCCAAACGGGCCAUUGCGCCAUCGAUGAUAUUGAUCGUUUAGCUUCCCAACAAGAUAUUUUAGUGCAAAUAAUGCAGUCUAAAAUGGUAUCACUACCAUUCCCCAAUUUAUAUGCAACUAUAGCCAUGCCGACAUCUGUUAUUGCAGCCGCAAACCCACUUCGUGGCCACUACGAUCACUCGCGGCUACUCACCGAAAACAUACGUUUGAGCACUACAUUACUUCAGCAAUUUCACUUAGUAUUCCUGCUAUUGGAUAAGUCGAACAAAGACUUAGACACCUCAUUAACAGAUCACAUUAGAGCAAUGCAUGAUGGUAUAAAGAAAAAUGCUGCCAUUGCACAACGCUUCGAUAGAAAACCCAAAACGAAUAAUUCCAUGAACUUAUCACUGGCUGAUGAGGAAUUAGAUGAUGAGCAAUAUGACUUAAGUGCGCGCUUAAAGUUAAAAUAUGAUGAUUUCAAAGAGGAGGAAUUAGAUUUGCUGCCGCCCAUAUUACUGAAGAAAUUCAUAGCAUACGCACGCCAACAAUUGCGUCCUUUAUUGAACGCUAAAGCUGCCGAAGCGCUUAAAACCUUCUAUAUGAGCUUGCGUGACAAAGUAGACGAAGAGCAAAGUUACUGUGUAUCAACAAGCCACCUUGAGGGUCUGAUUCGUCUCGCACAAGCACGUGCGCGUGUCGAUUUCUCCGAAGAAGUGACGAGACUUCACGUACGUGACGUUCUCUGUAUCGUACGGCACAGUAUAUCGGAUACUGCGCUGAGCGAUUAUGUCGAUAGAAAUCCAGCCACGGCUACUGCGCCCACCAGUCAACGGGGUACGGUGAAGAAAUUCAUACAAAUGCUGCAGUUGCGUUCCAGUGCAUUGGGCAGACGAAUAUUCGAUUACGACGAAAUUAAGGAUAUGGCGGGACGAGCCGGGAUCUCAUGUGGCGUUAGCAAUUUGGUGGAAAUGGUGAACCUGCAGGGUUAUCUGCUGAAGAAGGGGCCGAAUAUGUAUGAAGUGAUGACAGAUUAGCAGCUGAUAUGAAUAUGUGCAUUAUUAUGUUUUUAUAUGUACAUACAUGUAAAUAUUAUAUAAUACAAUGUAAGAUGAACAUAUUUUUUAAUUUUCUAUAUCAUCGACAUGUAAAUAGUGACUUUAAGUUUAAUACACUUUUAAUUUGAAAUUUGUUUUUAUGUGUAUUCAGAUUUAUAUCUUUAUAUAUAAAAAUGACGUGUCACGUUGUUUGUCCGCGAGGGACUACUAAACUUCUGAACUGAUUUUAGCAAAAUUUAGCACACUGUCUAGUUUGAACCAACUUAGAAGAUAUGUAGAAUAGUAAAAACAAUUCAUAAAUAGAAAAUACAAUUAGACGUUCUAUUAAGCGGACAUUUCCAUUAACCAUGCCCAUUGGCCAUUACAAUUUGUUGAUGUUUAUUAAGUACAAUCUAUUAAGCGGACAACUAUAUUAACUGGACAGUUUUGCUGGUAACCGGACAUUGAAGGCUGCUUGCCUCAAAUUCGUUAUUUUUUCCAAUAAAAUUUAUAUGUAUGAACAUAUUCAAAAUUAAACCUCAAAUACAAUCCCUUCGAUUCUUAUACCGUUAAAAACGUUUUCGCCUUUAUUCAAAAAUAAAUAUUUUCUCUGUAUUGAAUACUUUAUUAUAUGAAUAAUAGUAUAAAAUGUAUACACAGCACCUUGUGGGCAGAUCCACUAGCAGAUAUAUAUUAUAUAACGUGAUUGUAUUCAUCACGUUGUAUUGAAUAUACAACGAUGGAUCCAAAAUGAAUAAAGGUGCGGUAGUGACAAGACUUCCGGCUUAACUUUCCUAGUACGUCUCGGUUAUAUACUUAGUUACGUUGCUGACACAAACACUGGAGCUGAAACGUCUAAAGACAAUAAGUUGUUCGAAAAUGCUGAAAUGAAACAAAACGUGUAAAAUUAUAGGCAAAUCUGGCGUAGUUGUCAAAUCCAAUAUAGACAGGACUUAUUCGUAUUCACAGUGCAUAUUGCACAUGACAUUCGUCUUUCGCGAAACACUCAGCAAAGCUUUACACAAAUUAUUAUAGCAUCGUUAAAAAUAUUAUAGCAACAUUCUUUAAACAUUUUUUUCUUCACUAAUGCCCUCGAUACUUCGUGGUCGACAUAAAUUUAGUUUCAUACCGGUUAAGCAAGUCAGGAAGAAAUUAU